GCGGGUGUGCUCUGAAUACCUGAGACAAAGGGAUCGAAUGCCAGUUGCAGGACGAGUUGUCUUGGUCACGGGCUGUGACACAGGACUAGGUCAUGAAAUGGCCAAGUUUCUGGACAGUCUUGGCGCCAUUGUGUUCGCAGGGUGCCUGGACAGCGCUGGGGAAGGAGCUGAAACGCUCCGAACCACGUGUUCGUCAAACUUACACGUGGUGCAGCUAGAUGUGACCAACGAUGAGCAAAUACAUGGAGUUUAUUGCAUCAUUAAAAAGAAUUACAAAGAGUUAUGGGGAGUGGUUAAUAACGCUGGCGUCGGCUGCUGGGGAACGGUUGAGGUAGUUUCUAUGGAGUGGAUGCAAAGAACAAUGGAUAUUAACACAUAUGGAGUUGUCCGCGUUUGUAAGAAGUUCCUUCCAAUGCUCCGUUCCUCUCGAGGUCGCAUCGUGAACAUUUCCAGCGUUCGGGGACAGGUGUCUCAAAAGGCAAAUUCUGGGUACUGUAUGUCCAAGUUUGCCCUCGAGGCUUUCUCGGACAGCUUGCGGCGCGAAAUGACCCAUUUUGGCGUCCAUGUGAGCGUGGUCGAGCCUGGAGGGUUCAGGACCAAGGGAGCUGCGCCCGAGAAAUUGGAAGUUCCCCUGCGAGCUGAAUGGGACGCAUUGGGGGAAGAGUUAAAAUCCGUGUAUCCGAAGGAGGUGUACGUAGAGCAGUUUCUGGGGAAUUUUAAGAAGGGCAAAGAUCGCCCUGAUGUCAUUGGCACGGCACCCAUCAACGAGGCUGUCUUGGACGGAUUAUUCUCAAGGCGGCCGUGUUGCCGCUAUCUUAUCGGUGGAACUGAUAAUCUUAUGGACAUAGAAAAAGUGUAUGUUUUCAUCAGUUGGUUGGUGCCUUCCCAUAUUAUGGACCUUAUCCUAGGCGGCGUUUCACUUCGUUGAGAAAGAAUAUACGAACUUUCACCCACGGUACAUGCGACUCUGAAAACGACAUACCGAAUGCAAGACGGGGUUAGACAAUCUCCCCCUAUGACUCUAUUUAAGUCUGUACAGAUUUUGUAAACGGAUGUGUGUUUUUAUCUGUUGUACAUUGUUUUUCCUUGCUUCACCAGUGUCGAUGAAAACAACCACAUUGGGUAGUGGUGGUAAUUGCAGGCAGCACAUAGGCUUACAGGUGCCAUGAUGAUAUUUUAUAUUCUGUUAACCUCGACGGGUGUACAAUUGCCACCCAUUAUAAAUGAAUUCUGUAUAUACAUGUAUUAAGAUUAGUUUUGUGGCCAUAUGGCAAUUUUCACAGAGAGCGGUGUGAACCUGUCAGACGUGCAUCGUUUUCUAAAUUAGAGGCUUUCCAGCGAAACGGGAUAUAAUUUGUGGAUACGUAAAAUAUGUCGAACAUCGGUUGGUGUAAAUGUUUCUCAAAAUGUUUGAACGCAGAAAAAUUAUUUAAGCAAUAUAUAUCUCCCUCACAAUAAAAAGA